UACAAAACAAAAUAUCAAAAUAAAAGACAAAAGAUCACACUAAUAUUAUUAAAAACAAAAAAUGUAUAUUCUCUUUUCAACAUUGUACCGAAAGUGCAAUAGUAAAUUGAUCCGCUGCUCUCUACAUCACAAAUCUCGCACAUCGACAACUUCUCUCUGGCUUAAGCAAGCUUACAUUGGUGGCGAAUGGUUGGACGCUGCCAGCGGUGCCACAUUCGAGGUUCGAAAUCCGGCAGAUAUGCAAGUGAUCGGCUGUGUGCCCGACAUGACUGCAGUGGAAGCGCAAAAAGCGGUAGAUGUCGCCACAAGAGCUCUUUACGCGACAGAAUGGAAGUUGAUUACAGCACGUGAGCGCUCGCAGUUGCUGAAGAAUUGGCACAUCUUGAUUUCACAGCAUUGCGCUGAAUUGGCUAACAUUAUCACGGCGGAAUGUGGAAAACCAUUGACCGAGUCACUAUCCGAGGUAGCUUAUGGUCAGUCGUUUGUCGAAUGGUUUGCCGAGGAAGCACGACGCAUUGAUGGCCAACUCAUCGCCAGUUCGGUGAGCAAUCAGGAGCUGCUUGUGCUGCGCGAGCCGCUUGGUGUCGCAGCACUCAUAACACCAUGGAACUUUCCAAUGGCCUUAGUCUUACGCAAAGCAGCAGCGGCUUUGGCGGCCGGCUGCACAGUCGUCGUCAAACCUGACGAAAAUACACCACUUACCUGCUUAGCACUCGCUAAACUUUCCCAAAUGGCCUGUAUACCAGCUGGUGUUUUCAACGUGAUCACCACGAGUGGAGCUCCUGCCAUCGGUGAGCUCUUCUGCCGGAGCCCGCUGGUGUGUGGCAUCUCUUUUACCGGCUCCACCGAAGUUGGCAAACUUUUGUUUCGUGAAUCAGCUGGCUUGCUAAAACGUGUUUCGUUAGAACUCGGCGGUAAUGCACCAUUCAUUGUCUUCGAAUCAGCUGACAUAGCCGAAGCAGUGAAGGGUGCAAUGUUAUCGAAAUUUCGAAACGGCGGACAAACUUGUGUCUCAGCAAACCGUUUUUACAUACAUUCUGCUCUGUAUGAAGACUUUCUGAAACAGUUGCAAGCACAAGUUGAAGCUUUGAAAAUUGGUCCGGGAUACGAUAAAAGUGUGGACAUUGGUCCACUCAUUAAUACAGCACAGUUAAAGCGAAUUGAGGCAUUUAUGAAAGAUGCACUUUCCAGACAUGCAAAGGUAAUAUGCGGUGGUAAACAUUUGCACGAAAUCGGUGAACUCUUCUAUGCACCCACCAUCAUUACCGACGUGGACCGUACAGCACGUAUUUAUCGUGAAGAGAUCUUUGGACCAGUUAUUACAUUGGCAAAGUUUGACACGGAAGACGAAGUUGUAACCAGGGCAAAUAGUUCACGGCGUGGGUUGGCGGGGUACUUCUAUAGUCAAAACUUGCAAGAAGUAUUCAGAGUGGCGCGACGACUUGAAGUUGGCAUUUUGGGCGUUAAUGUAGGACUGGCGUCUCAGGCGGAGGCACCAUUUGGCGGCAUCAAAGAGUCCGGUAUCGGACGUGAGGGAGGACAUUAUGGCAUCGAUGAAUUUACUGAGAUAAAGUAUAUCUGUUUGGGUGGAUUGAAGUACGAAUGAGUGGGAG